AUGGUAUCAGCACGGAACUCACCAGAGCCAGGCUCAACAGACCUUGAGGGGUAUUACCUUGGCCCUGCAUCCGGUGUGUCGUUUAUCAAUCGUGUGUGGAGCCGUCUGCAUCAAGAUGAAAGGACGCACUAUCCGGAUGGACUCCAAAAUGAGUCCUCGCGGAAUACAGCGGUUUUUAUGUUUGGCGAUAAGCCUUACACCAAUCCCCAAGAGGCGGAAUUUACCCUCCCAUCUCUGGAAAGGGCGCUGGAUCUGGUGGGAAUAUAUUUCGAUUACUCUAUGGUGACUUAUCGGUUUGUGCAUAGGGGCCAUGUGGAAGAUUGGACUAGACAGGUUUACCGAGAUAGCAUCAGUCUCUCUAAUCUCCCUGUGGGAAAGAUGGUUGCUCGGACUGCUAUCGUUCUCAUGAUCUUUGCUGUGAGUACUUUGUACAUGGAAAUGAGGCCGGGGGGGACGCCUGGCUCGCGGGGUGAAAGGCUAGAAAGUGAGCGCUGGUAUGCAGCGUCGAAAUGCAUGUCUUCUCUCGAGUCAGGUCCGCCGCGACUGGAAACCAUCCAGGCCCGACUGGGCCAGUGCCUGUAUCUACUAUCAUCGUCACGGGCUAACGAAUGCUGGUACUCAUUCGGCACGACAAUGCAGAUUGUGACUGCACUCGGGUUGCACAGGAAGAGGCCGGCAAAAGUCUCGAAUAAUGGGUCCUCGCAACUAGAAUUGGAGCUCCGCAGGCGCAUCUUCUGGAGUGUAUACACUCUAGACAAAUAUUUGAGCAUUAUGUUUGGGAGACCUCGACUGCUCCACGACGAGGACAUCGACCAAGAAUUGCCAGAAGAGACGAACGACGAUGAUUUACUGGAAGAAGAUCCGACUCUAAGAACAGGAUCCACCGACAGCAUGAUGAUUGCCUCUGUUCUUCACUACCGACUCGGUCGUAUUCUGGGCGAGAUAUCCCGUCAACUGUACAGCAUUAACACCCUCUCUCGAGACUCCCCCCUCGAGACCGCAAUCCGCCUAACCUUGGAGCUCGAAAAAUGGAAAGAAACCGUCCCACCGUUAUUCAAAAGUGUUCACCCAACUAGCUUAAUUCCACCCCUCUGCCGUCAAAGUCAAGUCCUCCAACUCGCCUACUCGCACGCCAUGAUCCACGUCACUCGCUCAUUCCUCUUGAACGAUUUCACAGACCUCAGCCGCAGACCCAAAGUCCUGCACCCGAUGGUCAGCUCGCACGUCCAGAAAUGCAUCCAAGCUGCCGAGGACAUCAUGACAAUAACUGAUGGUCUUGCUCAUCAGGGUGUGCUAAUCCAAUCUUUCUGGUUCACGCACUAUGUGUGCUUCUGUGCUGUUUUGGUAAUUUAUAUCCAUGCCAUCCAACAGCACCAUAAGUCAUUGGGUGGAUCUAGAUCGUCUUCUGUCUCUUCGGGCGGAAGUCCCAAUGACCCUGAUAAAUUGCGCCAGCUCUUUUCUCUUGCUGAAUCAUGUCAGCAACAUCUGGCUGAUGCUACACGUAAGAACUGUCCGAGUCGUCGCUACGCGAUUAUUCUGGAGGAGUUGAGACAGGAAGUUCAUCGACAGACUGGGCUUAAUGAGGUCUCUGUUGAAACUCGGGCUCAUGCUGCUAGUGGAAAUGAUACUCUCUGCGUCUCGGGAGAGAGUUUACAGAAUGCAGAUGUAAACCCGGUCCGGUUUGACACCCAGGCAGGUGAUUUCACGAUCCCCCCAGCCGAGUUGGGGAUGAAUACGGGAGAUGAUGCAGGCUUCCUUGAGAGUCUUGAGGGAUCAAUCUGGUGGGCUCAGCUUGACUCAUGGGCCUUUUCCAAUCUCCCUAAUGACCCUUCCACAAUUAACUUUUAG